CCUUCCAUAUCCUUCUCCCAAACAGGCGCUUCAUCUCCCCAAAGAAUCAUAUCCCCUAUAAAACCGGAAAAAUCGAACAGCUGAGAACAGAAAGAAACGCGUACCUGGUUAGGGCUGGGAACGACAUUCAAUUCCGCUGCGGGAUGGAUUUGGACAUGGAACUGGGGGAUUAUCCAAAACAAUUCGCCUAUGAGGAUUUGCAACUGCUCACGGAUAAUUUUGAUGUAAGAAAUGUAAUUGGAAGGACCCAAUUUUGCAAAGUUUACAGGGGAAAGAUUCCACAAGGUUGGAAUGAGAUGCAAGAACAAGAUGUAACGGUGAAGAUUUGGGCAGACACGGUGAAGAUGAUAGGAGAAGUAAUCCAUAAGCCUGCAGUUGCUCAUAAUGUGUUCAGAUUUUGGGAUGAAAUCACGUUUCUAACCUAUCCUAGUAUAUCUAGCCAUCCGAACUUGGCAAAGUUGAUGGGUUACUUACAUGAUGAAGAUCAUUUCGGUGUUGUUUAUGGUCUCAAGUCGUUGGAUACUGUACGCAAUUUCAUAGCUGAAGGGACUUUUACAUGGAUGGAUAGGAUCAAGUUAAUAUUUCAACUUGCACGUCUGCUCGAAUCUUUGCAUGGCCAGACACCUCAGUAUUUGGUUCGGAACUUUUCUGCCACUCAUAUAAUGGUUGAUCAGGACUUGAACCCUGUCUUGUUUGAGUUCGGUAUGCUAACUGGUGGGAUGAUUGGUAUGAAGGAUCGAGGUUUACCCUUAUAUCCUUUUGGAGCUUAUGGCUACACCGAUCCAGUUCUUAAGAUGUCAGGUGUCUGGACUGAUAGAACCGAUGUCUUUACUUUCGGCGUGGUACUCCUAGAGCUUUUGUGUAAAUGUGCUGUUGAUGGGAUAGGUUGUCGGGAAAACAGCACUGUCCCUAAUUUUCUUUACAGAGUAGCCCAAGACAUUUACGACACAGUAAAGUCGAGAUCUUUUUAUGAGCAAUCAAGAAUUCUUAGUCUUGUUCACAGAAGCUUUAGAACUGAAGCAGGUUAUGAUACUGAUGAUGGACUUAAACUCGCAAAGCUAGCAAUGAAGUGUGUGCAGAUGGAUGAUGAACGCCCAAGCAUGGGGGAAGUGGUUGAGCAUUUGAAGACUCUGCACGUGGUUCGUAAUUAUGCUGAGUUGCUUCUGCUGGGUCCAUAAAAGAUGCAUGUUUGCUCGAGUUUUAUGGAGUAGGUUCAUUCUUGUAAUCCAGUGUUACUUUCUUGUUCGAAAUGCUGCUGCUGCAGAAAGCUCACUAAUUAGGUUUUUUUUUUUUUGUUGGGGGGGGGGGGGGGGAGGGCAGCACUCCAGUUAAUUAGCAUGUGUAGUAUAGGUGCUGGAUUAUCUUUGAUUCGUUUUUCAGAAGUUGGCAGAGAUGCAUAUGCUGAUGUAGGUUUGCACCGUAGGCUGGUGAUACUGAUGAUUUCCUCUAGCUUGGAGAAUGAGGAUGAAUGUAUUUUCCCGGCUCUACUAGAUACUAUAAAAUUGGUCUCAUCUUUAAACGAGAGAAUUGCAAUUCGUCCCAA